AUUUAAGAGUAUUUUUCCCUCAGAAAUUAUUGACCAUGAAUGGAAUCAGUGUUGCGGUGGAGAAAGGGGUAGAGGUGAACGUUAAAGAACCAAAGAAGAGAGUGAGUGUUAGAGAAAAGUUAAAUCAGAUCAGGUCUAACAUAACAGUCGAACCGAUUAUCGCUUGUUAUAUUAUGUCUAACGUGUUUUCGGGAUUAGCCGUUCAAAAUUUAAAUUUGGAAAAGGCCUGUAGAGUUAAUUUAGGCUACAGUGAUGAUGUUUGCUCAGCGUUAAAUCGACGGCAGACAGAAAAUUAUACAAUGGAGGAAUCCGAAGUGCAAAAGUUGACAGCAUCAGUCCAGGCGUGGAAAAACAUCGUACAGACAGCGUUCCCAUGCAUACUAGUUCUAUUUGUCGGGUCAUGGAGUGAUAAGACAGGCAAACGAAAAGCAUGCAUACUCUUGCCCAUAGUCGGAGAAGUACUGUGCUGUACAAGUUUCAUACUUAACACAUAUUUUUUCUACGAAUUGCCUUUGGAAAUCACGGCCCUGUCAGAUCUAUUCCCAUCGCUAACAGGAGGAUGGAUCACAGUUUGCGUUGGUGUAUUUAGUUACAUUGGUGACGUGACGACUAAAGAAAUGAGGACAUUUCGGGUGGGGGUGGCUAAUUUAUGCAUGUCAUUGGGCAUUCCGAUUGGGAUGUCGUUAAGUGGAAUAUUAUUGCAACAAAUUGGUUAUUACGGUAUCUUUCUUAUAUCAAACUGCUUGUAUUUUACCAGUCUAAUUUAUGGAUACAUUCGCCUCAAAGAUCCAGUCAUUCCUCAAGAGAGGCAUAGAGAACAACCAGUUGGUUGUCGAGGUUGGGUUUGCUCUUUCUUCGAUGCUCGACAUGUGAGGGAGACCCUCACGGUUGCAUUCAGAAGUGGUCCAAGACGUAGGAGGCUUCGCGUGUCAUUGUUGAUAGUCGUCGUCUGUGUUAUAUUUGGACCUUUACAUGGUGAAAUGAACGUGCUCUACUUGUUCAUGCGCUUCAGAUUUAAUUGGGAUGAAGUUCAGUUCAGCAUGUUCUGUACAUACAGCAUAAUUACCAAUUUAGUGGGAACAUUGUUCUCCAUCAGUAUCUUCAGCGACUUAAUGAAGUUGGAUGACACCUUGGUCGGCAUUAUCUCUUGCACCAGCAAGAUUUUGGCGUCGUUCAUAUUCGCCUUUGCUAGCACUACUACCGAGAUUUAUAUAGCGCCACUUGUGGAGAUAUUCAACGGCACAUCUUUCAUAGCGAUGCGUUCAAUAGCGUCUAAAUUAGUGACAAGCGAAGAACUGGGUAAAGUAAACUCACUUUUUGGACUGGCUGAAGCCAUGAUGCCAUUAGUCUACGGGCCACUAUACUCCAGGGUGUAUAUGGCCACACUGAAUGUUCUACCGGGAGCAGUUUUUCUAUUGGGUGCGGGAAUGACAGUUCCUGCCGUGGCGAUAUUUGGUUGGAUGUACUUCGAACAGCAAAAGGACAACAAGCAGGGCGAAGAAAUAGACGACGUUAACAAAGAUAUUUAAUUUGGACCCAUAAUAUAGGUUGUCGAUUUAAAAAUUAAUAAAUAAUAAUUUUUUAAAGAAAAA